UUCCGGUCCAAGAGUUUGUAAACAAUGAAAGGAGAUAUGGAGUCGUCAAGAGGUCUUACCUAAAAAUACUCCUCUGUACAGGCCAUAAUAAGUGCAUAAUAUAUGUCCUGCAUGCCGUGCACACCCGUAAGAAUUAAAUCAGUAUAGGUUUUCAAGGAUUCCGUCUUUUUAAAACAAUCUUUUGUGUGUGUGUGAGAGAGAAAAUCGGAUCGCUGCUUGGCGAGGGGUUUGUUUUUCUACAUACUAGACAGACAUCAUCAGACACAGCGGGCUGCAGAAAGGACGACCCCUAAACAGAACGGAAGCCUGACGAGUCUUUUAAAGGCCACCUAGACGUGUUUCGUCGUGUUUGUCGUGUCGUGCAGGGCCAGCUCGAUGGGGAACUGUCUGUCUUCUCAAGGCACUGAUGAUCUGUCGCUGCUGAACGAGUCCGAGGGGGCGAGUCUGCCCGGAGAGCCUCCGCCGCCCUACCAGGAGCGGGUGCAGGUGCCUGUGUACUAUCCCACGCCCAGUCAGACGCGGCUGGCCUCUCAGCUGACGGAGGAGGAGCAGGUCCGUAUCGCUCAGCGCAUCGGCCUCAUCCAGCACCUGCCCCGUGGGAUCUUCGACCCGGGCUCAGAGCCGUCUGACAAGAAGAUCAAAGAGUGUGUGAUCUGCAUGAUGGACUUUGAGUACGGCGACCCGAUCCGGUUCCUGCCCUGCAUGCACAUCUAUCACAUGGACUGCAUUGACACCUGGCUUAUGCGCUCCUUCACUUGCCCUUCCUGUAUGGAGCCCGUCGACGCAGCGCUGCUGUCUUCCUACGAGACGAACUGAGAGUGCCUGCGCAUACCGAGAGAUGUGCCAAUGAGUCUGCCAAGAGCCCCGAAAUGCUCGGGACAGUAGAUUGAACAAUUGAAGGUGGCGUUAGUGUGUGUGUGUGUGUGUGUGUGUGUGUGUGUGUGUGUGUUCAGAGAGUGUAAACAGUUCCAAUGUUAAACUUAAAAGGCCUCAGAGGAAUGUUUAAAAUCUCUCACUUGCAUGUCAAAGCUCUUUUCAGUCACAUAUACAUGUUAUUGAUGAAGAUGUGAAGUUUGGCAAGGUGGAAAACCCACUGAAGCAUCUCUAAUGAAGAUAGAGCCAAUUUAUAUUAGGGUUGAAUUAAUUAUAAACAUUUCUUUUUUUUGUUCUAACCAAAUUCAUGAAAUGUGCAAUAUAUGCGAGAGGGACUCGUGUCCUUCUGAUUUGAUAUGAGACCCGCCCACCGCCAAACUUCCGCCAAUGAGAAUUUGAGGAGUCCAGUGGGCGGAGUUUCAUUUCUGCAGGCUGUGAAUGUGCCGAUUAUGGCUCACAAUUAGAAUACUGAAAAACCUUUAUUACAUGAGAGAACCUAAUUUAUGAGAAGACAUGCCGUGAUAAUAUUUUACUUGCAAUCUCGUGAUGCACUAACUGGUGUAUGAGGUGGUAGUUUUACAUAGUCUUUCUAUAAUUUUCUCCCGUCUAGUGAUUUAGUGUUUGACUCUUGAGUUUUGCCUCGUUAGCUGCUGUUUUCAGGGUUCUGGGAUGUAAGAUGCCUUUUUAGACUGGUUUUGGAUCAUCUUUUUCCUAAAUGGUUGUUUUCGGUGUUACAUGUUGGAUCCUGUGUGUCCCCAGUUAGCUUUGACUUGACCUUGCCUUGUCUAUUUGGAAUUGGAUAGAACAGUCUUUAGUAGUUUUCUUUCUUUAUUUGUCAAGAGAAUGAUAUUGAUACAAUCACUAAACUUUGUGCACCUUCAAAUGUUGCAGACUUAAAGUCAGCCUUUACAGUGAAAGCUUUAAAGUUGUUCCUUGUUUUCCUGAUCAAUGCAAACUUUUUUUUUUACUUAGAAAAAAAACAUUUACAAUUAAAAAAAGGAGCAUAUGCUUCAAUCAGUUUUGAUACUGUUCGUAAUGUCUUCGAGUCUUUUCUGUAAGUCAGCUUAAUAUAUGAUCUUGUUCCUGUCACUGAACUGCUUGUGCAACAAGGAAGAUUUUCACAUUUGUUGUUUUGUUUGCUCAGUUAUUGUGCUGGAUUAAUGAUGUUAAUUGGACUGAACUGUGUUAGGAGCUCCAUGUAUAGCCUGAAACCAUACUCAUAAAAUAUUUCAUCCUGCUCUAGCUUUCCUCUGUAUCUCUGUACUGAAUCAUUGUGACUUAAAUUGUGAUUGAAUACCAAGAACAGUGUCUGAAAAUUUUAAAAUCAACCUGUUGUCGCUCUUAGAUAUCAUACUGGAUGAAUUACUUAAUUUUCUAUUGAUGAUUCAGAAUUUAAAUGUAGCUCUAGCACAACACAAACGUGAAAAUAAAUGUAAUAAAUCUGUGAAGUACAA